AUGUUUCCCUUUGGUCCCUGUGGCCCCGGUGGGGACGCGGCGGCCGGAGUCGUGGCAGAGGAGCCGGCCUUCCACGGGGAGCAGGCGGCAGCCGCCGGGCCGCCCCCGUCCCCGCCCGGGGCUGACGUAGCCCCUCCACGGGCGCUUUGCCGCCCCGGGGCCCCGUCGCCGCCCCCGCCCGGGCGAGCCACAGAGCUCGCGCCCCCCGGCAGUCCGGAGCCCUCAGACGCCGCUGCGCAGGGGAAGGCGUCUCCGCCGCGCCGUCGGCCCGGGCCUGACUGCAGGGCCGGGAGCCGGGGCCGGCAGGGCUUCAGCGCGGGCCUGGGCGGCCCCGGCGCCCGGCUGUUCGGGUGGCUGAAGGAACGCAGUCUGGGCCGCGGGCUGUUCGUGGACCCGGCGCGGGACAAUUUCCGCACCAUGACGAACCUGUACGGUUCCAUCCACCCCGCGGACUCGGUGUACCUCAGCACCCGGACCCACGGCGCUGUCUUCAACCUGGAGUACUCGCCCGACGGGUCGGUGCUGACAGUUGCUUGUGAGCAGACAGAAGUCCUGCUUUUUGACCCUAUAUCUUCAAAGCACAUCAAAACUCUUUCUGAAGCUCAUGAAGACUGUGUAAAUAAUAUCAGAUUUCUUGAUAACCGGCUGUUUGCUACCUGCUCUGAUGACACUACAAUAGCACUGUGGGAUCUGAGGAAAUUGAACAGCAAAGUAUGCACUUUACACGGUCACACUAGCUGGGUGAAGAACAUCGAAUAUGAUACUAAUACAAGACUCUUAGUGACCUCAGGAUUUGAUGGAAAUGUCAUUAUUUGGGACACUAACAGGUGUACAGAAGAUGGGUGUCCGCAUAAGAAAUUCUUUCACACACGUUUUCUCAUGCGAAUGAGAUUAACGCCAGAUUGUUCCAAAAUGUUGAUCUCAACUUCGUCUGGGUAUCUCUUGAUUUUGCAUGACCUUGACUUAACUAAGUCUUUAGAAGUAGGCAGCUAUCCAAUUUUGAGAGCAAGAAGGACUACAUCAAGUUCAGAUUUGACCACUUCGUCAAGUUCAUCUGGUCCUAGAGUUUCUGGUUCACCUUGCCAUCAUGACUCUAACUCACCUUCUGAGAAACACCUGUCACGGGCCUCUCAGAGAGAAGGAAUUUCACCACGAAACAGUCUUGAAGUCUUGACGCCUGAAGUUCCUGGGGAGCGAGAUCGUGGAAACUGUAUCACGUCCUUGCAGCUGCACCCAAAGGGCUGGGCCACUCUCCUGCGGUGCUCGAGCAACACCGAUGACCAGGAGUGGACUUGUGUCUAUGAGUUCCAAGAGGGCACUCCCGUGCGACCUGUCUCACCGCGCUGCUCACUCCGGCUGACUCAUUACGUUGAAGAAGCCAAUGUCGGCAGGGGCUAUAUCAAAGAACUGUGCUUCAGCCCCGACGGCCGGAUGGUCUCUUCUCCGCACGGCUACGGGAUCCGCCUGCUGGGCUUCGACAGGCAGUGCAAUGAACUCGUGGACUGUCUGCCCAAGGAAGCCAGCCCGCUUCGGGUGAUCCGAUCUUUGUACUCUCACAAUGACGUGGUCCUGACCACAAAGUUCUCUCCUACACAUUGUCAGAUUGCCUCUGGGUGCCUUAGUGGGCGGGUUUCUUUGUAUCAGCCAAAGUUUUAGGCAUAACGUACAUCAAACAAGGGACUUCUCUGGUGUUUGACUCACAGAUUACUUCAGUUUAGGUGAAGUAUUGUCUUUUGAGAAGAUCUUGUAAGUUUGGGUCAAGCUCUUGGUUCCUCUGGGCCCACUGACACCUGUGACCUGCCCCUUGGGCGUUCAGCCUCACGCCGGCGCCGCCGUAGCCGCCAUGGCACAGGCUCCGGACGGCAGCUUUUCAGCACCCUCUGCCCCUGCUG